GUAUCGUGUGUCAAGUUUGCAUCGUUUUUAUUUUGCCAGCUAAAUGUUUUAUUCGAAAAUUUCAAAAGUAAAAUCCAUUUCGUUGAAUGAUUUGCAUUCUAUCACGUUAUCUUUAAUAUCCUGCUUUUUAAUGAUACGUAAUAUAGUACUACGUACUGUACCGUAUACAUAAGUAUUAUAUAUGUUAUGUACAGUCAAUUAAAUUUCUAACCUAACAUCGUGCACUGAGAAGUUUGUGUAGCAAAUACGAUAUUCAGAAAUGCAUGAAGGUGCUGUUGGAUGUAUAUGUCGGUUUAAUUAUUUUACAGAACACGUACUGCCUGUGAACUCGUUAAUAUAAUUUGAUGUACAUUUUCUAACUGAUAUAGAUCGAAUGUAUAUAUUGUAGUUGUCGUUGAUAUUAUUUGUGAUAAAUAUUUAUAAUAUGUAUUAUUUUCAUAGUUUCGUUAGAAUUUCUCCAUGUAUAACGGAGGAAAAUUUUAAUACAUUCAAAGAAGUGCUUAUUUUUUCGAAUUAAAGAAAAUGGAUAACACGAUCAAAUUGAUUGUACAUAGAGGUAGCACAAUUUUCGACAGUGUUAUUGUUACACCUUAUUCUGCGAUUAGAUACGAACAAAAAGUGAGAGAAAAGGAAAUUACAGAUCAAAAACAUGCGAAUGCAAAUAAAUUUAACAAUGUCAAACUAGAUAAAAUUUGUUUAAGUAAAAAAGGAUAUAAUGCCUAUUUUGUAUCAGUGUAUGUUGUAACAGUAAUAAGGUCGCAAGUAUAUCGUAAAGCUGCAUUUAAUAAAUUGUUACAAUACUUAAUGUAUAAAUACUCGGAUAAAUUAAAUUUAAAUGUAAUCUUAAUGAAAUUGCGUACACCGAAGAAACAGUUCUUAGAUUAUAAAUGGAAUGAAAGGAUAACACAAAUGGCAUUGGAAAGAAGAGAAAUCAAUCAUGCUAUGUCUUGGUUAUCUACUUUAGGUGGAGCUUUUUCUGCUUUAGGAGAUGAAUUCCACUAUUGUGCUGAAGUAGCAGGAAAAAUUUCUAUAAGGCAGUUUCAAUUAGCACUUCGCCUUGGAGAUCCUCUCCUGGUUGCUCGUUGUAAAUUAUAUAGUGCUUUAAGUUUAAUUCAACAGGGUGACUUAGACGUUUCAAAAAAACUAAUAAUAAAUAUUUAUAAAUUUUCACUAAAACAAAAUGAUGUUCGCCUGCAAAACAUGUGUCAAGGCAUAUGGGCAAAACUCAAAUAUUGUUACAAGUUGCAAAAAGAACGACAUAAAACUUGUUAGUAUUAGUCAAAAUAAAUCAUUCUUAUAAAGUUUAGAAUUAUGUCAAUUAAAAUUCGUAUUUAUAUUCAAAAAUAAAUGAAAUGUACAAAAUAUUCUUUAGAAAAACGGUUUUUUUGUAAUAAUUGAAAAAAUAAUGUUAAUGGAAAGAUCAUACCAACAGUCAAAUAAAAGAUAAUUGAAGUCUCUUA